AUGUCAAAUAAUCAAGUUGUCAACGUUAAAACAACUUUUCAUGAACAGGAAUCCCCAGUACCACCUAAUCCAGCUGGGGAUGAGAGAAUAAAGAUUGAAUCCUACAAUACGCUCAACGAAACGACCCCGUUACACUAUGCCAUCGACACUGCCAACCUCGCCGUUAUUCGUAUGCUUAUUAUUGCCGGAUCCAAGCUUGAUCUCAUCGAUAGUGAUGGUGAAGCUGCCGCUCACUACGCUAUUCGUGAAUCGAGAACCGACGCUCUCCGUCUUUUGCUCCAGUCCGGUGCCAACCCGAAUCUCGCCAACGACGACGGUGAAUCACUUUUGCAUUUCGCCGCAUCGCUUGGUGAAGAGAACUGUUGCCGUCUUCUUGUUCAAGCUGGUGCCAACAUCAGUUGUUUGGACGAAUCCGGUUGCACUCCAUUGGCUGAAGCCAAGAACAACGGUCACUCUCAGGUCGUUCAAUUCUUGCGUUCUUGUUCCCAACCACAACAACAACAACAACAACAAAAGGAUAAUGCUUGCCCAUACUCUAGCUUCCAAGAUAUCAGAUACGGAAAUUACACCGUCUCACCAGUUUCAAUUUCAAACAAAUCCUGUUUUUAG